AUGGCUAGGAACCUUCAGCAGGCACUGGGCAGUUUUCAGCUGAGCAUCUCCAAGUCCAAGGCCACGGUUCUCUGCUGGAAUACAGUGGAUUGCUUCCUCUGGGUUGGGAGCGAGUCUUUGCCUCAAGUGAAGGACUUCAAGUAUUUUGGGGUCUUGUUCACAUGUGAAGGUAGAAUGGACCGUGAUGAUGACGAAGCUUCUUCUUUGCAAGAGGGACACAGGAGAGAAAGACAGAGGAGGAAAAGAAGGGAGGGUGGCAGAGAGAGAAAGAAGAGGAAGAACGAGAGGAGCAGAGAAACAUCUCUAACAGGAGACGAUGAGGAGGAAGCACAGGCUCGCCCAGAGAAAACAGAAAGAGGACGAAGAAGGAGAGAAAGGACUGACCAUGAAACAGAAGGAAGACAGAGGGAAGAGGAGGGCAAUGCCAAAAUAAAAAGCGGUAAAACAGAAAAAAUAAGGAAGAAUAUAAAAAAUGAAAAAACACGAAAAAAGGAACAAGGGGAAGAAGAAGCUGGAGACAGGAAUGCCAAGGGAAAAAAGAAACAGGGAAGUGCCAAAAAGGAAGAGAAAGAAGGGGUUGAAAGUAGAUGUAAAGUCAAGGAGCAAGGCAAGGAUGUGAAGGAGAAGAAAAAGAAGAAGCACAAGAAAGUUGAAACAAGUUCAGAGGAAACAAGUGAAGAAGAAGAAGACAAAGAAGAAGAAGAUGAGGAGGAGAAAGAGGUGAGGCCUGAGUCUCUGACACCAGAGGAGCUGGAGAAGCUGAAGGAAGCCGUGGACGAGAGGAAGAAACUGAUCCAGGGCCUAAGGGGCAAACCUUGGCCCAUGAAGAAGAAACUUGUGACUUUACGGGAGUCUCAGGAGUUUGUGGAGAAAUAUGAAGGAGCUCUGGGGAAAGGGAAAGGCAGGAAGCUCUACGCUUACAAGGUCAUGAUGACAAAGAAAUGGAUGAAGUUUCAGCGGGACUUUGAGAAUUUUAAAACUGCCUGCAUACCAUGGGAGAUGAAAAUCAAAGAGAUCGAAAGCCACUUUGGCUCCUCUGUUGCGUCUUACUUUCUCUUCCUACGGUGGAUGUAUGGCAUCAACAUGAUCUUGUUUGGUCUGACUUUCGGCCUUGUCAUGGUGCCAGAGGCACUGAUGGGGCGGCCAUAUGGCAGCAUCCCAAGAAAGACCGUCCCCCGGGCAGAGGAGACCAGUGCCAUGGACUUUGCUGUAUUAUGGGACUUUGGGGGUUAUGCCCAGUAUUCAGUCCUCUUCUAUGGUUACUAUAACAACCAGCGUGCCAUUGGCUGGCUCAAGUUCCGUAUGCCACUGUCGUACUUCCUGGUUGGUGUGGGGACGGUGGCCUAUAGCUACAUGGUGGUCAUAAGAACGAUGGCUCGUAAUGCUAAUGAGUCGGGUGUUGGAGACGAUAACAGCUUUAAUUUCAGCUGGAAGAUGUUCACCAGCUGGGACUACCUGAUAGGAAACCCUGAAACUGCAGACAAUAAGUUUGCCUCCAUCACCACCAGCUUUAAGGAGGCGAUAUUAGAGGAGCAAGAGAGCCAUAAGGAUGACAACAUCCACCUGACUCGGUUUCUGCGUGUGCUGGCAAAUUUCCUGGUCCUGUGCUGCCUUGCAGGAAGUGGAUACCUAAUCUACUUUGUUGUGCGUCGCUCUCAGAAGUUUGCCCUCGAUGGACUGGAAAAUCACACCUGGUGGGAGAGGAACGAGGUGAACAUGGUGAUGUCAUUACUUGGGAUGUUCUGCCCCAUGCUGUUCGAUGUCAUCAGCACCCUGGAGAACUACCAUCCUCGAGUCGCCCUGCAGUGGCAGCUCGGUCGCAUUUUUGCCCUCUUCCUGGGAAAUCUCUACACCUUCAUCAUCGCACUCAUGGAUGAGAUCAACCUCAAAAGGGAAGAGGAAAAGAUUGUGAAGUUUAAUAUCACCAUGUGGGAAGCCAGUCUCUACAAUGGAACAGCAUCAGAAAACAGCACUGCACUGCCCGUCACUAUCCAGCCCGCUGAUGUUCCAAGAGGGCCGUGCUGGGAGACCAUGGUGGGGCAGGAGUUUGUCCGACUGAUCAUAUCCGAUACCAUGACAACCUACAUCACGUUGCUGAUUGGUGAUUUUCUGAGAGCUGUGCUCGUUCGUUUCCUCAACUACUGCUGGUGUUGGGACCUUGAGGCUGGAUUUCCAUCUUAUUCUGAGUUUGAUGUCAGUGGGAACGUUCUUGGCCUGAUCUUCAAUCAAGGAAUGAUAUGGAUGGGAGCUUUCUAUGCCCCUUGCCUGCCUGCCCUGAACGUCCUCCGCCUCCACGUCUCCAUGUACCUGCAGUGCUGGGCCGUCAUGUGUUGUAACGUACCGCAGGAAAGAGUCUUUAAGGCCUCCGGCUCCAACAACUUCUACAUGGCAAUGCUGCUGGUCAUCCUCUUCCUGUCCACUCUGCCUGCCAUCUACACCAUCGUGAGCAUCCCCCCCUCCUUUGACUGCGGACCCUUCAGUGGGAAAAAACGCAUGUUUGAUGUGAUUCAAGAGACUCUUGAAUCCGACUUCCCCGCAUGGUUCAGCAAAGUGUUCAGCUAUGCCUCUAACCCAGGACUGGUGCUCCCUUUCAUAUUACUGAUGGUACUGGCCAUUUAUUACUUGCAAUCCACAUCCAAAAGCUACAAAGAAGCUAACGUGGAACUGAAAAAGAAACUACAAACGCAAAAUGAAGAGAACAAAAAGAAAAACAAACGAGCAGCACUGAAAGCACAGAUGGACCUAGAGGAGGCCAGAAAAGCGGCGUCGCAAGCUCCAGAGCAACAAAAAAACAACAACGCCUCACAGAAAGAUCAGGAAGCAUACUGGGAUGAAAGCCAGGGAAGUAAUCAUGGACUGUAUUAUGGUAGGAAUGGACGCCACCCAGCUCCUCCGAGAGAGCAAUAUCGUCAACUUCAAGCCACCAGAGCCCCUGUGCCCAGGUCAUAUCACCAUGGGGGUCCUGGGUACCUGCCUGGCCUCCCUCAGCAGAGUGUACCAAGGAUGUGCAGGGCGCCGAGCCUGCAGAGACACUGA